GGUUUAGGAUCGCGGCCGCGCGGCGCAGGGCUAGGCUUGCCCGAGGGGGUCUCCCUUCCCUCGUUUUUUGGCACCCUUGACCUCUCGGAAUGGGCCUCCGGCUGCUCCUGCUGGCUCUGGCCGCGCUCCUUUGUGCCGCCGCUGCCGCCGAGGUGCGCGGGGCGCGUAGCUGCGCGGAGACCCGGCAGGUGCUGGCCAGCCGCGGCUUCCCGCUCGGUUCCGUCCCGCCCAGCCUCAUCUCGGGUGAGCAUCUGCGCAUUUGCCCUCAGGACUACACGUGUUGUGCUAGUGAGACAGAAGAGCGGCUCAGUGAGCAAAGCCAGGGGGACCUCCAGGCCCUGGUGGGGGAGGCAGCAGCCUUCCUGCUCAGCACCCUAAGCUCUCGCCAGCGCCGCUUUCAGGAUUUCUUCCGGGAACUUCUGACAGGCGCUGAACAGUCUCUCCAGGCCAUGUUUACCCGUUCUUAUGGGCGGCUGUAUGCCCAACAUACUCGGCUCUUCCAGGGACUCUUUGUGGAGCUUCGUCGCCACCUUCAGGGGGCCCGGUCAGGCUUGGAUGAGGCGCUCAGCGAUUUCUGGGCUCAACUGCUAGAACGGAUGGUGCCUCUUCUCAAUCCCCAGUACAGUUUCCCUGAGGGCUACCUGGAGUGUGUAGGACGGCAGGUGGACAGUCUGAAUGCCUUUGGGAACAGCCCCCGCCAGCUCCGGGUACAGGUGACACGGGCCUUCCUUGCUGCUCGAGCCUUUGUCCAGGGCCUGGUAGCUGGGCGAGACAUUGUUGCCCAGGUUGUCAAGCUGUUUCCCAGUGGAGAAUGCCGUCGGGCCCAUAUGCGCCUGUCCUACUGCCCGCUGUGCCGUGGAACUCCUGCCCUGAAGCCGUGCAAUGGAUUCUGCCUCAAUGUUAUGAAAGGAUGCUUAGCCAGCACAACAGAAUUGGAUCCUGAAUGGGAACGCUUUCUUGAUGCAUUGACUCAACUGGCUGAGCGCCUUGGGGGGGCAUUCAACUUUGAGUUGGCAUCUGAUUCUAUUGGAGUGAAGAUUUCUGAGGCCAUAAUGUAUCUGCAGGAGCAUGGCAUGCAAACAUCAGCCAAGGUUUUCCAGAGUUGUGGCAGCCCCCGCCCAGCCCCCGCCCGCUCCCGACGUGCCCCCCAUCAAGACACCGGACGCCGUUUCCGCACCUACUCACCUGAGGAGAAGCCAACUACUGCAGCAGGAACCAACCUGGACCGUCUAGUGUUGGACGUGAAAGAGAAGUUACGUUUGAUGAGGCGCUUCUGGGUGUUGCUGCCCCACACCCUCUGCAGUGAUGAGAAGGUGGCUGCUGAAAUCACCAAUGAGGACAGCUGCUGGAAUGGGCAGGCACGGGGCAGGUACCUCCCAGAUGUGACAGGGGACGGGUUGGUGAACCAGAUCAACAACCCUGAGGUAGAGGUGGACAUAUCACGCCCUGAUCUCCCCACAAGGCAACAGGUCCUGGCACUGCGCAUUGCUACCUCCCGCCUGGUGGGGGCUUGCCAUGGGCAGGACAUUGACUUUCAAGACACAGAUGAAGAUGGUGGCAGUGGUUCCGGUGCUGGAUACAUUGAAGACCACCUAGCCCUCUCAGAGACUGGAGGAGUGAGUGCUGGGGGUGUUCUGGGGGGCUCCCGCCCUUCCCCUGAUGCCCGAGCUCCCCGUAGGGAUCGACCUGGCAAAGGUUCUUCCUCUAGGCAGAACCAGAGUGGAGGGAAGCUCAGUAGUAGGGCCAGGCCCUUCAGUCCUACAUUUCUAAGUGUUCUGAUGCUUCUCUUCCUCCUCGGGUGGUGGUGACACAGACCCAUGAUGUUUUGGCACCUCUUAAGAGAGUCCUUUGGCAUUAUCUAGGCCCUGCAGGAGGGACGGACCUUCUCUGUCUGCCUAUAGGGUACUUAAUCCCCAACUGAAGGGCAUGUUCAACUGUGUAUGGGGUGGAUUCAGUUUUAAAGAGUUAAAGGGAGGGUCUGAGACAAUUGGUUCUCUCCCCAAGGGGUGGUGGGCAAAAGGGGACAGGAAGGAAAGAAAAGUAGGGAGGAAAAUGGUUUCAAGUGAUGAUUAGUGUGGGGACAAGGAAUAUCUUUUAAUAUGAGCCUUUUUACAAACUUGAUUAUCUCUUUCUCUUUCUCACUGUUGAGUUUUUAUUAAUGGACUAUAAAAGCAUGGAGAAGGCACAUCAACAUACAGGUUUUCAUAUUCCGUCAUUUGAUGAAUGUGUUUUUAUCAUGUGGGGGAACAAAAAAACUAGGGCUAAAUGGCCACCCUAAUUUCUCUUUUUACACAAGAGGACUACUGGGAGCUCAGAGGGGAAGAAGGACAAGCAGAAGCAUCUCCACUCUUUGGACAGGAAGUAGCAUCUCUUCUAACUGCUUUGCA